CGCAGGGACUGUCGCGGACACGAAAAAAGCGGACACGAAAAAAGUGCUGGGCUGUCUCCUCGGCUGGCGUUGCAAUACAGACAGACAGUCCGUGAGUCUAGUAGCGAAUAAUGCCUUCGCGAGUCGUCGUGAUCGGCAGGACGUGAGGGCCGUGGCGCGAUGCGCGAUGGACAUGCGUGGGACGAAGCGCGCGCUGUGCUGCCUGGCCGCUGUGCUGUACCUCGCCGUGCUGUACCUCCUGUACGACGUGACCGGCGACGAGGAGCCUCCCCCCGACGGGGUCGCCUUCCGGGAGGAGCUGCUCGCCGCGUGGCCGCACCUCAACUCCUCCGCCGCGACUCUCCGGGCGUGGCUCGAGCACACCAGCCGGUUCUUCCACCGGGAGCUGCGCAUCGACUCGCAGCCGUACCUGGUGGACACGCCGGGCUGUCGCAUCCCCAACCACAACCCCCUGGACAGGUCUGUGUGGGGGGUGGUGCGGCCCUUGGGGCGCCCUCCCUGCGGCGCCGAGGGGGAGAGACCCCAGCUGACGGCGGUGGUCCCGAGGAGGAAUGGUCGACGGGCCCUGGUCGUGGACUCGCGACCCCAGGUCCUGGCGCGCCACGGCGUGUCCCCGGGAGACCAGCUGUCCUGCUGCUACUCGGCGGUGACCCGCGUCGACGGCGACGCCGACGCCGACAACCGCUACAGCAUCAGCACGUGCAGAUACUUCCAGGGAGAGUCGACACUCGAAGAGGAUACGGAGUUCAUCUACGUUAGAUGUUUCUCGCGAGUGAUCUUCUCGAUGGAGGUGGAAAAGUACAGAGCGAUGCACGCUAUCGUCUCACGGAAGAAAGACGUCAGAAAACGACUUAAAGAAUACGAAAAAUCCAGAGGGGCGGCGGGGCGGCGGCUGAGCGUGCUGUUGCUGGGGAUAGACUCCUGCUCGCGUCUGAACCUCCUGCGCACCAUGCCGCGCACCUCAGCGCUGCUGCGCGGCCGCGGCUGGCUCGAGCUGCGCGGCUACACCAAGGUGGGCGCCAACACGCUGCCCAACUUCAUGGCGCUGCUGGCGGGGCUCAAGGGCGCCACCUCCUUCGGGCCCUGCAUGCCGCACGCGCGCUCCCCCGUCGACAGCUGCCCGUUCCUGUGGCGCGAGCUGGCCCGGCGCGGCUACGCCACGGCGCUGGCGGAGGACGAGCCGCGCCUGGGCAGCUUCAACCACGAGAAGACCGGCUUCUCGGCCAGCCCCGUCGACCACUACCAGCGGCCCUUCAUGCUGGCCGCGUACGACCUCCUGCCGGCCAGGCGCCACAACGGCGUCCUCACCCCGUGCCUCGGACACGUCCCCUCCACCGAGUACGUGCUCCGCUACCUCGAGGACUUCUCCGCCCGGUACUCGGGCCAGCCGUUCUUCGGUCUGUUCUGGCUCAACAACUUCAGCCACGAGGACCCCAACGACGUGGCCGCCGCGGACGAGCGGUUCCGGAGGCUGUUCGGCGACCUGGAGGCGCGAGGGACGCUCAACGAAACCGCCGUCGUGUUCUUCAGCGACCACGGGACGAGGUUCGGCGCCAUCCGGGAGACGUCCGUCGGGUGGUUCGAGGACAGGAUGCCGUUCGCGCACGUGUGGUUGCCGCGGUGGUUCAGGGAGUCGCACCCGGAGGGCGCGCGGGCGCUGGAGGCCAACGGAGCGAGGCUGACGUCGCCUUUCGACCUGCACGCGACCUUGGAGGACUUGCUGGGGCUCGAUCCGGGGGUGUCUUCGGGGCGGAGCCUCCUGAGGGAGGUCCCGGAGAACAGGACGUGCCGUGACGCGGGGGUCGACGACGAGUGGUGCACGUGCGUGAGGCACGAGCCGCUGCCCGAGGGACACCCGGCGGGGAAGGAGGUCGCGGGCUUCGCCGUCGACCGGGUGCGGGCCCUGCUGGCCACGAGGUCCUCGGGGGAGUGCGCCGACCUCCGGCUCGGCGGGGUGAGGAAGCUCGCGAGGAGGGCGGAGCAAGGGGCGGAGGUGUUCGUGGUGGAGUUCGAGACGCUGCCCGGCGGGGGGCUGUUCGAGGCGACCGUCUGGCGCUCCCAGGAAGGCCUGCGCCUCAGCGGCGCCGUCACCCGGGUCAACCGCUACGGCGACCAGAGCGCGUGCACGCACGACCUGGCCAUCAAGGAGUUCUGCUACUGCGUGUGACGUGGGGACUGAUAUUCCUUUGGACAAGCUUCAACGGUCAUGCGGGCCCAACCCGCCGUAUCUGAUUCCCUUGGACAAGCUUCAACUGCCAUGUGGGCCCAACCCGCCGUAUCUGAUUCCCUUGCACUAGCUUCAAUGGCCAUGUGGGCCCAACCCACCGUAUCUGAUUCCCUUGGACAAGCUUCAACUGCCAUGUGGGCCCAACCCGCCGUAUCUGAUUCCCUUGGACAAGCUUCAAUGGCCAUGUGGGCCCAACCCACCGUAUCUGAUUCCCUUGGACAAGCUUCAACUGCCAUGUGGGCCCAACCCGCCGUAUCUGAUUCCCUUGCACUAGCUUCAACGGUCAUGCGGGCCCAACCCGUCGUAUCUGAUUCCCUUGCACUAGCUUCAACGGUCAUGCGGGCCCAACCCGCCGUAUCUGAUUCCCUUGGACAAGCUUCAACGGUCAUGUGGGCCCAACCUGCCAUAUCUGAUUCCCUUGGACAAGCUUCAACGGUCAUGUGGGCCCAACCUGCCGUAUCUGAUUCCCUUGGACAAGCUUCAAUGGCCAUGUGGGCCCAACCCGCCGUAUCUGAUUCCCUUGGACAAGCUUCAAUGGCCAUGUGGGCCCAACCCACCGUAUCUGAUUCCCUUGGACAAGCUUCAACUGCCAUGUGGGCCCAACUCGCCGUAUGUGAUUCCUUUGGACAAACUUCAACGGCCGUACAAGCCCAAACCACUUUAUCUAAUUUCUUUGGACAAGCUUCAACAGCCAUAUGGAUCCCACCAACGGGUUUGCUUCCAUAUUUAUGUUGUUUUAUUGCACAUUAUUUUAAAUAGUCUUAAUAUAACUAUCGUUAAUUGUUUAUUAAGUGUUUUCUUAGUUGGAUAUGUUUUUGUUUAACAGUUUUUAUGAACUUUAAGCCCAAUUUUAGCAUGAAUUAAGAUAACAUUAUCUGUAGUGCACAACUUAAUCUUUUUGUAUAUCAUUCGUAAAUCAAAACCUAAAUAAAUUGGUUUCGCCACAA